CGGCGGCGAGGGGGACCGUACAAGACAGAGCCAGCCACAGACCUCAGACUUUGGAGGCUUUCUAAUGUUGAGGGAAGGCAGACCUGGUCUUACGUGCAGGAUGUGGACGCCUCCAAAAGGGAGCAGACCAUGCUCGAGGCCCAUUCUUUAGGCUUGGACACUACUAAGUUUGUGCGCGACUCCCCCGCUGCCCGCACGGCCAUUGACGCUGCCCUGAAAGGUAUGAACUUCUACAGUCGUCUUCAGGCCGAAGACGGCCACUGGGCUGGAGACUACGGCGGACCUCUCUUCCUUUUACCGGGUCUACUGAUUACUUGCCAUAUCGCUAAGAUCCCGUUGGAGCAGGCCUGGAAAAAGGAGAUGGUGCGAUACCUGCGCUCUGUCCAGCUGCCGGAUGGAGGCUGGGGCUUGCAUAUCGAAGACAAAUCAACAGUGUUUGGCACAGCUCUGAGUUACACAUCGCUAAGGAUUCUGGGUGUCGAUUCGGAUGAUCCUGACUUGGUUCGAGCUAGGAACAACCUGCAUAGCAAAGGCGGUGCAGUGGGCAUCCCCUCCUGGGGUAAAUUCUGGCUGGCUAUUUUAAAUGUCUACAGCUGGGAAGGAAUGAACACACUUUUACCAGAGAUGUGGUUGUCACCAACCUGGCUGCCAGCCCACCCAUCUACACUGUGGUGUCACUGUCGCCAGGUGUAUCUUCCCAUGAGCUUCUGUUACGCCGUCCGAUUGGUUGCUGAAGAGGACGCUCUGGUCCUCAGCCUCAGACAGGAACUUUAUGUCCAAGACUAUGCUAGCAUUGACUGGCCCGCUCAGAGGAACAAUGUAGCAGCAUGUGACAUGUAUACGCCUCAUAGCACGCUUCUGACUGUUGCCUACGCCUUGCUCAAUGUGUACGAGGCCCACCACAGUACCACGCUGAGAAAAAUGGCCAUUAAAGAACUGUAUGAGCACAUUCAGGCAGAUGACCGCUUCACCAAAUGCAUUAGCAUUGGACCGAUCUCAAAGACAAUCAACAUGCUUGUCCGCUGGUAUAUGGACGGUCCCUCGUCUACAGCCUUCCGGGAGCACGUGUCUAGGAUCCCAGACUAUCUCUGGUUAGGACUUGAUGGCAUGAAAAUGCAGGGUACCAAUGGGUCUCAGCUCUGGGAUACUUGUUUUGCUGUUCAGGCUUUCCUGGAGGCAGGAGCCCAGGACACCCCUGAACUAGCCGAGUGUCUCAAACGUGCCCACCAGUUUCUCACACUAACACAGAUCCCAGAUAAUCCUCCUGAUUACCAAAAGUACUAUCGGCAAAUGAACAAGGGCGGAUUCCCUUUCAGCACCCGCGACUGUGGCUGGAUAGUGGCCGACUGCACGGCCGAAGGCCUGAAGUCCAUGAUGCUGCUGCAAGAGCUGUGCCCUUCUGUCGGCGAGCCUGUCGCGCUGGAGUGCCUUUAUGACGCCGUCAAUGUGCUGCUGAGCAUGAAAAAUUUAGAUGGCGGCUUUGCUACAUAUGAAACAAAAAGAGGGGGGAGACUCCUGGAGCUGCUGAACCCAUCGGAGGUGUUUGGUGACAUCAUGAUAGAUUACACCUAUGUGGAGUGUACGUCAGCAGUGAUGCAGGCACUCAGACAUUUCCACAUGGUCCAUCCUGACCACCGCACAGAGGAAAUUAGGAAAACUCUGGGAGACGGACUCGAUUACUGUCGAAGGGUGCAGAAGCCUGAUGGAUCCUGGGAAGGGUCAUGGGGAGUGUGUUUCACCUAUGGAACGUGGUUUGGCCUGGAAGCCUUUGCUUGUAUGGGACACGGCUAUCAGAGGUGAGAGAACUUGUGUGCAGAGGUGCGGAAUGCCUGCCAGUUCCUGUUGGAUCACCAGAUGGAGGACGGUGGCUGGGGGGAGGACUUCGAGUCAUGCGAACAGCGCCGCUACGUUCAGAGCGACUCGGCGCAGAUUCACAACACCUGCUGGGCUCUUUUAGGGCUCAUGGUAGUCAGGCACCCUGACCAGCAAGCAAUCGAAAGAGGUGUCAAGCUGUUGAUAGACAAGCAGCUGCCUAAUGGAGACUGGCCGCAGGAGAAUAUUUCCGGGGUGUUCAACAAGAGCUGCGCCAUCAGCUACACCUCUUACAGGAACGUCUUCCCUAUUUGGACACUGGGCCGCUUCGCAGCACUUUACCCGCACAGUUCUCUGACCGGAAAGAUCAAGCUUUGA